AUGUCUACCGGUCUUCUUCCACCUCCUAGUGGUGUAACACCAAAUUUCAACUCUGGAAUUUUGUCGGGAACCCAGGUAGCUUUUAUUCUUGCAUAUACUAUUACUCUUGCUCUUGCGAGUAGCACACUUGGUAUUCGAUUGUAUACAAGAAUUAGUAUAAUGAAAUCUUUUGGUUUAGAUGAUGUUGCGAUUCUUCUUUCUUUUCAACUAAGCCCUAUGGUAGCCACCUACGCUUUGGCCCCAGCUUUCACUAAACUUUCCAUCCUCAUCCUUCUCCAUCGUGUGAAUCCAAGCCGUUACUUCCGUCUAAGCUGUUACAUCGUUGCCCUCAUCAUCAUAACCUACACUCUCACCAUAUCACUCAUUGUUGCAAUUCCUUGCAUCCCCACCAACCCUAAAAAUGGGGAAUGCCUCAACAAAUGUGGGCUCUGGCAAGCAAUUUUCAAUAUACUUACUGAUUCUGCUAUUCUGAUACUUCCAUCAUAUAUGCUGUAUCUUCUGAAAUUGCCUUUGAGGCAGAAGUUAGCAGUUGGAUCUAUCUUUGGGACUGGUAUUUUAACCGUAGAAGUAAACAUCGGUAUCUUCUGCAACACACUCGUUGUCCUUCGCCCCUUCUUCCGUCAAUAUUUUCCCGGUUUAUUCUCCUCACAAAUAUUAUCUGAUGAUCAUCACCAUCAUCAUGGAACACCUGAUCAUGAAGCAAAUCUUAGAUCUGGAAAAAGAAGAAUUUUAAAAUUGAGGGAAGAUCAUUCGCUGAGUACUUUGGCGAUAAAUAACCGAGUUGGUGAAGAAGAUAAAGAACCGGGGAUAUUGAGAAGGUUCGAGGUUAAAGUGGAGAGUUUUAGUAUAGGGGGGAGCAGUGAUGAGAGAACACGGAGAGAUAGCGAAGAAGAAAUACAGAGGUAA